AUGCGACCUCCAAUCUCGAAGACCAUUGUGCUGCUUUCUAUAUGGCUAGCCCCACAGGGCUACCAAGCGCAUCUUAUCCAUGCAUACUCACUAUCAGCAGCACGGAGCUAUCAGAAAAUCCACGAGACCAGCUUACCCAAUCCAGAGCACAUCUUUCGUACACUGGUGUCUGCCGGCCGCCAGUUCCCAUCGAGUCUCAACCAUAACGGCGUGUCGUACUUCUUGGCUACAGUGCCCGCUGGUACACGCCUCUACCACGGCAGAGGAGGUAAGCAACCAGUCGAGAGCGGGUUCGAAUGGCUGGCUUUUGAGCCAGAGCAUGCCAGCAAUUUUGCCAUUCGGGUCUGUGAGCUGCCAGAUCAAAGUCAUUCCGACUCGCGAGCCAAAGGUCCAGAACACCUGAUCAGCUCUGACGGAAGUGCAAAGUGGUGGCUCAGCCCAGAGCAGUUGUUCGCCUAUGCUAGCAGCGCCACGCAGCAGGGGUUUCCGGAUGGCUGCAUCUGUCCACCAGACUCUAGACAUGGACCAUACUUGCGAUUGCCACACAAUGACGACCCUCGUCCACGGGAUCAGCAAAGUAUACUUGCUCCGCCUCCAAAAGGCCCGCCACGUCUCCCCAAACAUUUUUGCAUCGACUCCGGGUAUCUGCACAGGUACUCACCGAUCUCAGACCUCCACCUUCUCUAUAUCGAUGGCAUGUCAGCAGCGAAAUGCGAUCUCGGCACGCUUGCUUCGCAAGAUGACGUCCUGCUGCGAAAUUCGUCAUACCGUCCUGGACCACCAGAUCCCAUGCGUGGAGAAGUCUCGCGUGCGACUGGACUGUGCGAUCUAGCUCAGACCGAAUGGAAUGGCAAGAUCGACGGCUUUGUCAGGAUGGAGCAUGGGUUUGAGAUUAUUCUGUGCGACUUCGCAAAGGUUCAAUUUGAGAGUGCUGUGAGCAAAAGCCGAAGCGUUACCGGCGGCACCGCCCAUGUGGGCGGUGUCUUCCAGUUCCUGAAAGCUAUUGGCGAAGACAGGUGGUGGGGCAUCGGACGUGAUCGGUUAGGGGUCUGGACAGACCGGUGGGUUACUGCGUAUUCUGAGCCUGAUCUGGACCUGUUCGGGAAGAGUAUCGACGGAAAGCUGCCGGACUUGAGUGGCGUGACAGACGAGAUCGCUUAUCGGCUCAACGAGCAGGUGAAGGAUCUGGUGAUGAGUCGCGUCGCUACUGAAGACUCCGCACUCAGCAGUGGCGAUGCCACAGACUGGCAAGCUGUCGCAGACCUAUAUGUUGCCAGGUAUGCAAAUCGGUUGCAGUACCUGAUGAGUUUCGACGAUGCCAAAGAGCUCAGAAGUGCAGCAGAAGACAUGUACAUGGUCUACCUCGAUGACGAUGCUGACACGCUAAGGGGCAGUGACGGAGCCAUCGACCGCUGUAUCAACGGCUUCAUACCCCCACACCUCACCCAAAGUCCGCAGGAUGCGGGGCCAAUGUCCCAUGAAGCCAUCUCGGCAGUCGCAAAGCAAAUAUGCACCACCUUGCACGACAUCGUCGCGCAACCAUCCUUGGCGGACGACCUACAAGGCCAAAAAGAGCAUCUCCAUGCACUGAUGGACUACCUUCGCUGGCCACAGUGGUCCUUUUGCGGCGACAAAAGAGCCUGUGAGAUAGAUGAGUUGUGCUUUGUUGCCAUAUGGCCUUGGGGCAGUAAGGAGGACCAUGAUUCUCCGAGCUGUAGAAACCAGACGGAUGCGAUGCAGCACAUGAUGAAGAUGGGGAGUUAUUGGAACCCGGUACGCCAGGAAUAG